AUGUCGCAUGAACUCAAAUUCCGUGUUACCAAUGACCCAGAAGCAUUGAAAAAGCUUUAUACUCUUUCCGGUUCCGAAUGGAGUGGCCGCUUGUCAGCAGAGGAAUACGCCGAUGUUGAGGUUGGCAAACACCAGGCGUCCACCAAAGAUGGCCAAUUGAUGGAAGGGUUCUAUUUGGAGGAUGUUCUGAACGGUACAAUUGUUGCUAGUACUACCGUUAAGCGUACCAAGGGUUUUUAUAAGGAUGCAGAUAAAUCAAGUGCUAUUAGUUCGGUUCCGGAUCCAUCCUUGAUUGGAAUCAAGAAUGUGACUGCUUUGCUUGUGGGGUACGUUUUCACUCACAAGAGUUAUAGAAGUAAGGGAAUUGCUGGUGAUUUGGUGAAGAAGGCUAUCAAUUACGUUGAAGAAGAAAUUAUUAAAGAACAUAUUGACAAGAGUAAUCCGGCACAAAACGACAACUUCAAGAGUAUGGUUAUGACUGACGGCCGUCUUGAUAGGGCCUUGGCCAAUUACUAUUUGAGUAAAAAGUAUUUCUGGUACUUAUACUCGGGUGUUGGUAAUUACUACGAAAAAUUUGGUUUCAAAAGCUAUCCUUUAGAUGUGUACCGUAUCCCUACUAGUAUCUUGAGAGAGGAAGAUAAGAGCUUGGUCCACAACUUGUUGCAAUCAGAUGGCUCAAAUCCAUCGGUUGUUGGUAAGAAAUUGAAACUUUUACAUGGCUCCAAAAAGGAAGACCGGGAUUUAAUCUCUUUCAUCUUACAAAGUAAAGAAUUAGAAAUUGUGACUGAACUCAACAAAAUGAUUUUCCAUUCAGAAUUGUCUGGUAAUCAUAAAUCUUCGUCUUCCUUGACCAACGUUACCGAUGUUUUGUCAAUGAGUAAAGGGUCAAGUAAUGAAUUAUCUCCAAUUACUGAACUUUCUUCCAAACCUGGUGGUGAUAUCCCCCAAUCCGCUAGAAGAAAAUCUUCAAUUCACCGUAGUGCAGUACCUAAAUUUGCCGUGAAGCCAACUGCUCAAACAUUAAAUGGUAUGUUCCUCACUGAAGAAGCUCAAGCUAAACAAGCACCAGAUGCAAAUAAAGCAGUUGAAUUUAGUGAUAUCAAAGGUGCCAUUUUCACUAAUGAAUUACAACAGAAAAAAUAUCAUAUCAUUUGGGCUACUUUCCCUCAAAAUAGAUUAUUCAUCUUAAGUUUAGGUGAAUUGAAGUUUGAUGUUAUGGGUUCGAUUUUUGAUCCAACUGGUGCAGCUAACCAACGUCGUCGUGGCUCCUCGUUCACUGGUUUGAAUGAGUUGGGUGGUUUCAAUUUCCAGGAUUUGGAUAUCUUGAUUCAUACCGCAGUUACGGUUGCCAAUAAUAGACAGUUGAAAGAUCUGACUGCCAUUUAUGUUUCAGUUAAUGAUUUACCUUUGGAUAUUCCAACUCCUCUUUUACAUGAUUACUUCCUCAACUACUUACCAAAGACUUUUGAAGGAGUUCAUUCUGCAGAAAACGAAUCAGCCUCCUCGGAUGAUAAGGUUAAAUUCAUUACUGAUGCCUCAUCAGAAUUGAACAUUUUACCGAUGGUUAGAUUGUUUGGUAGCAACAAACAUGAAUUUGAUUUAGACUGGUACUCCAACGGCCUUUGGUCUUGGGGGUGA